GCAAAACCUGGAGCUGCAGCGCCGGAGCCACCUGAGCGCCACCGAGGGAACCGAGCGAGGGGACAGCGAGAUGAAGUACCGGGACCGCGCCGCCGAGCGCCGCGAGAAGCAGGGGGGGCCCGACCCCCCCGAGCCCAAACGGCGCAAAUUCGGGGGACCCCCCGCGACCCCCGGGGACACCGAGGGGCCCCCCCUGGGCUGCCGCAUGCUGCAGGCCAUGGGCUGGAAGGAGGGCAGCGGGCUGGGCCGGCGGAGAGCAGAGGCUCCGGCCAGGCCCCGCCCCGGGGGGGUGACGCGGUUCAGCGAGGGACCCUGAGGCCACGCCCACUCCGAGGCCACGCCCACCGCGCGCGGAGCCCCGCCCCUCGCGGCCCCUCCCCCCCCGCCCGGUUUUGCCGUUGGAAUUUCGGUUUUUUAAUAAAUGGGUGCAAAAAAGCGGAAUUUGGGAGUGGGGGAGGGGCCGGGGCUUCCUGUGGGGGGGGCGGGGAUCCCCCCGAGCUGCCCCGCCCCCAGUGCCCCUCCCCCACCGCAGCCAUGGCGCCCCCGGGGCUGCUCCUGGGGCUGGGGCUGGUCCUGCUCGGCACCGGGACCGGACACGGCGAGGCCCCGCCCAUCUGGUGCUUCAGCCGAUUGGAGGAGGACGGAGAGGGCGGGGCCUGUGCGGAGCCGCUGGGGGAGGAGCCGCUCCCAUUGGCCGAUUGCUGCCUGAACCCCGCCUAUGGCUACAGGCUCCGCCCACACGGCCACUGCCGCAGCUGCCGCCCGGGCGCCUGGGGGCCGUGGGAGCCCUGGAGCAGCUGCUCGGUGACAUGUGACGAGGGGACACAGAGGAGGGGACGCAGCCGCGGCCACGGCGGGGGACACGCGGGGGACAGCACCGAGUGGCAGCUGAGGGCCUGUGACAUGGGCUGCUGCCCUGAUGUGGGGCACUGGGGCCCGUGGUCACCUUGGGGACACUGCUCUGUCACCUGCGGGGGGGGAGGGGCCCAGCGGCGCCACCGCAACUGCUCCAGCCCCUCCCCCCAGUGCGGGGUCACCUGCGGGCCCGGGGACAGCGAGGACACGAGGGCGUGUCAGGGGACAACGGCCACCUGCCCCGUGGCGGGCGCCUGGGGCCCGUGGGGGCCUUGGGGUCCCUGCUCGGGCUCGUGCCGGGGGUCGGGGCCGGGGUCGGGCCCGAGGCGGAGCCGCCGCCGCUUCUGCGAUUCCCCGGAGCCAUCGCGGGACCCCCCUGGAGACCCCUGCCCCGGCAGCGGCACCGGCAGCGAGCCCUGCCCGGGGCUGCCGCCCUGCCCCGUGGACGGCGCGUGGGGGGCGUGGUCUCCGGCUACGCCCUGCCCGGUCACGUGCGGCCUGGGCGGGGUCGUUCAGCGCCGCUCCUGUGACGCCCCCUCCCCAAAACACGGGGGGAGGGGCUGCGAGGGACCCCAGACCCGGCGGGGGCUCUGCGGGCCCCGCGACCCCUGCCCAGCCCCGGUGCACUGGGGUCCCUGGGGUCCCUGGAGUCCCUGCCAGCGGCCCUGGGGUGACAUCAGCUGCAGCCGGGCCGUGGGGCAGCAGAAGCGCACGCGGGACUGCGAGGGGCACAGCCCGGGGGGCGCCGCCUGCCCCACGGAGCGCGGCGGCUCCAUCGAGCUGCGCGCCUGCUACAGCCUGCACAACUGCAUCCUGCAGGGGAACUGGUCGGACUGGAGCCCCUGGGGGCUCUGCACCCCCCCCUGCGGGGCCAGCCCCAGCCGCAGCCGCAGCCGCGAGUGCCGGGCCAGCCUGCCCGAGUACCCGAUGACGGUGCCCCGGGUGGGCUCUCCCGGGGUCUCCCCGGUCUCGUUCUGGGGGGCUCCGCGCCCCCUCUGCACCGCCCUGCAGGGGCAGCGGCUCCGCCUGGAGGAAUCGCGGCCGUGCCGGAACGUCCUGCCCUGCCCCCACCCCGAGGAGGAAGGAGACUCUCGGUGACCUCGUGGGACCCCCCGGGACCCCAAACCCGCCCGGAUUUACCCCAAACUCCCCCCCCGGCCCCUCCCCCCCCCCCAAUAAAAUCCCAGCAUCG